GUGGGGAAGACAAACAUGUCUUCUAGCAGCGAGAAUGAGGAUCCCAAUGUCAAUGUUAUCCCUAUGGAGAACUUUCCCAGUGAUGGGGACAUGAGUACCUGGCCUGGGGGCAAUUACAGGGAACGCUCUGACUCUCGCUGGCGGGAAUUACUUGCUGAGAAUUGGCUCAAAGAUAUGGGCACUUUUGAAGAGGGUGUCGCUCAUACCAUUGAGAAGCUGCCUGAUGGAUACUGCCUAUUCGAACGACCACGUGGGACCAAUCCUUCAAUGUUUGACCCUUUUCUCUUUGGACAUCCAAGCGGUCGGUAUUUCCAGUCACAGGUCACUUUCUUGCCCCAUUUCCUGUGUCUAGUCAAGAACGAGCUGGAUAGGUGUAAAUGCAAGCCAUGUGUUUCGAUGAAGACGAGCCAGGGGACUUCCGUGCAGGCAACUAGAAAGGCUAUGCAACCAAUCGUCAAUGAGCGUCGCCCCACCGACGCAGAGGGACCAGAUUACUGGAGAAUCUUGGUUAUGAAACUGAAAGAUAAGAGGAAGCUUGAUGAAAAUAUUGAGCAGCGAUUCAAUCUCGACUGGGUGUUGACUCACGAAUGGCUUUCUGAUUACUUCAUGAAACUGGUUCUGGAUCCCGCUUAUGUCCCUCGUCGUGGUGAGCUUGUUCUCUGGAUCUGGCAGGGUCUUGAAGACGGAUGUUUAUUGCUCAACCCCGAGACUGGCUUAAUUGAAAUAUUCGGCAACGACAACAAGUGGCACGGCGUGCCCAACUGGCGUGCCGGUGUGGUGACCCAAACCCCCGAGGAAGAAGGGCAUAUGGUGAAUAUCAUUGAAACUCCCGAUAGUCCACGCGGACUAAGCUACUCUGGUUUCCGUGUUGAGACUCUACCAGAUCCGCUGGGCAAUGACAAGUCUUACUCGGUGCAAUACGCCUAUGUUCCGUUGCGUAACAUCAAACCUUUUAACACAUGGCAGGCCUACCUCAAUGGGCAAAAGCGAGAAGACAUGCACCCGUCCAUUGAGAAUGCUAUGACUGUGAUGUCUUCCUGGAGCAUGGUCCAUAAGUUUCACGUUGUUGGCGAAUGGCCUGAUGCCAGGAUCCACUGCAAGGGAAUCUUCAUUGGAGCCGAACUCCUUGCCGUACACGACACCGUCCGUCUAAGGCCACAUAAAUUCCAUCACAGCCAGCUCAGAAACGGAACAGUCGGCGAAGUGACGGAGGUGAUGGUAAUCGAAAAAAUCCAACUCUGCCUUUCGAGGUGCACCGACGAUGACCAGGAGCAGCUAGCAGACCACUACACAGCCCUAAUCUCCGGUAAGAUGUUCACAAAGGACCCAAGUCGCAUCACCCAAGAGGGCCCAUUCAAAGGUACAAACCCAGUACCAUCCACCGAGGCAGCAACCGAACCUAUCUCCCUCACCGCGGAAGAAGCAACCGCUACCUUCCGUCAGGUCAGCAUGAACGACUAUGGUCCCUGGUACCGCAUGGCCAAUGGCAGGACCUGUAACGUCUCUCCGCACCUAAUCGUCGGUCGCUGCUACGAACCGCUCGCGGCAGAGCUCAUGUUCGGCACCCACAGCUUGGGUUACGACCUCUCCGGCGUGAUGGAAGGCCGUGCGUACUCCUCACAAGUCGAUACCCGUAUGCCCAAAAACAACACGUGGUUCUGGGGCGAUUGCCGGGUAGAAACGCUCGGGCUGACAGAGAUCAACGGCGUGGAAUGCGGUCGUACGGCGGCGCAGCGCAAAGACCCGCGCAAGUGGCAGGCGAUUAUCAAAAUGUCGCAUGGCGAAGUCAGUCACGCUCUCCGACACCAGGCGCAAAUUCCUUCUUCGGGCGGUCGGCCCUUCAAGUCUUCGUCUUCGUCUUCCGCUCCGAAAGGUACUAGCUCACGGCCGAAGACUGGUCUUGCGCAGGUUGCGCGGAACAGUAAAUUAGUCAGCUCUGCUAUUGGCAGUGCACCGGAGACUGAGGAUGAAUCCUUUGAUGAUGCCAAUGGAUUGACUGAUGAUCAAGUUUCUGGUGGUGUCUCCGGACUGGGGCUUCGGGGCGGUCCUUCUUCUGGGGAUGAUACUGCGGAGGACUAUCCGUUUGCGUAG